CCAAGAUCCCAGAGAAAGAUAUUUCCAAAGAACGCGGGAAACACGCGCCGUGCCGCGGCCAGAUAGCAGAAAUGCAGAGCCAACAGCAUCCGGCGCCUGCUUCAGGCCCAGGCCCGGGCACAGGCUCAGGCACCCCACGCUCUGUCCGACAAAGACACAGCGACGUGAAUCUCCUGUCACACUCGGUGAAGCGUCACUCGCUCCACAUCAAUGCAAGCACGCCCCAACCCGGCUCGCCUGGGGUUCAGUCGCCCCGCCUACCACCCAGGUCCCCGAGUAUCCCACCCAACGCACUGCGUCGCAGCUCCAGCGUAGCGAGCCUCAACCGAGCACCAUCACGAGCAUCCUCGCCAGCGCUGGCAAGAAAAUCCUCAUCCUCGUCACUACGAAGCGAUACAACCGGUUCUCCACUAGCCAUCUCGUCCCGUCGAGCAUCCUUUGUUCCAAACAUGCCUUCGCCGAUGGGGGCGAAGCAUCCUCUACCGCCGCCAUUGGAGGAGAAGCUGCCACUGCGUGCCUGCGAUGUCGCCGAAGACUACUUCAAGAGAGAGCUGGCACGACAUGAAGAUGUGGAUAGCGCAGUCCAUGCAGGCACCAUCGUUAUCGUCCACGAUCAGUGCUAUGGCCACCGCUUCUCGCGGCCCAAGACACCAAAGGGCGUGCUUAGCACCAUCAUGGAACGCCCAGAGAGGAUCCUAGCCAGCGUAAAGGGAAUAUCGGCGGCUUAUGUGCAUCUCGGCGAACGUCAUUGCGAAGGAAGCAAUCCGCCACACCCAGACGUUGGCCUACCCACACGCAUCCCUUUCAAGAUCCGCAAGACCUCGCGGCUCGUCGACAUCACCUCCCCAGUCGUCACGAAUGUACAUGGAACUAAAUGGAUGGCAGAGCUGAAGUCUCUGUGUGACAACGCAGGGCGAAAGCUGGCUUCAACUGGGAAAGAGCUGUCUAGGGAUGCGCCUGCGAUUCCUGGACAGAAGCCAAAGACCGAACUGCACACUGGCGAUUUGUAUCUCUGUCCGGAAUCAUUGAAUGCGUUUCAAGGCGCUCUUGGAGGCGUGCUAGAUGCUGUGGACGCUGUUUUCGAAAACACUGCAACGGGUAACGGACCCUCGCGAGCCUUCGUCUGCAUCCGUCCACCAGGGCACCACUGUUCUGCCGACUUUCCAUCCGGAUUCUGCUGGCUCAACAACGUUCAUGUUGGAAUCGAGCACGCAAUGAUGAACUAUGGGCUGACGCAUGCGGCCAUCAUUGAUUUUGACUUGCAUCACGGGGACGGUUCGCAGACCAUUACAUGGGCGCGCAACAAGAAAGUCCAAAACAUGCCAAAGAACACGCCUAGCUGGAAGAAAUCGUCAAUUGGCUACUUCAGCUUACACGACAUCAACUCGUAUCCGUGCGAAGAUGGGGACGACGAUAAAGUACAGGCGGCUAGUCUGUGCAUCGAGAACGCGCACGGCCAAUCCAUCUGGAACGUGCAUCUGCAGUCCUGGAAGACGCCUGAGGAAUUCUGGGAUAUUUAUGAGGAGAAAUAUUUGGUCUUACUCGAGAAGGCUCGCCAGUACCUCAAGUUCCAUACCAGCCGAUUACAAAACAGUCCCAAGGAUCCUGCUCCCAAGGCGGCCAUUUUCCUGUCCGCUGGAUUCGACGCCAGUGAGUGGGAAACCGCAGGCAUGCAGCGGCAUUCCGUCAAUGUGCCGACAGAGUUCUACGCUCGUUUCACACGAGAUGUGGUACUGCUUGCGCAAGAAGAAGGCACGGCUGUCGACGGUCGUGUAAUAUCAGUCUUGGAGGGUGGUUACAGUGACAGAGCGCUCACUAGUGGAGUUCUCAGUCAUCUCAGUGGUCUUUGCGAUGGCCAGGUCUGGACUAACGAGAAAUCUUCGAAGGGGCUGUCAGCCGAUAUGCACCAUCGACUGAACGGUCUCAGCAUGCAUGACGAAGACAUUGCAAUGCAGUCAGUAGAAACCGAAUCUAUGCCGAUCACCUACGACACCCACUGGUGGCACCCAGAUAAAUUAUUCAUGUUGGAGAAUCCUGGUGAAUUGCCUCCAGUACCCGCUAUGCCGAAGCCACCUCCUGGUCCCCUAGCACAUUUCUCAUCUCCAACACAAUCGUUUACUGCGAAGGUGGUUGACCCCACCAAAUUGCGAAGCAUGUCUAGCAGGCACACUAUCACUCCCGGCCGAGCAGUCACUCCACCUCCGCCAGAAGUGGAUUGGGCUACUGCGGCACAUGCACUGAGCAAGUUGUUGAUACCCUCAGACCGACAAACUCGCAGCUUCAAGCCAGAAGAACUGUCAGAGCCCAAGAUCAAAAAGGAGAAGCCGGCGGCUCAGACCUUGCCGUCCGUACGUGUCGAACCCUCAGGUCGACAGCUUCGUGGACGCAAACCUGCCACAUCUUACGUCGAGCCAGGCUUGGACGAUAACAAAACAGGUCUUCGCGCCGACUCAAGGGCUGGCCGUCGACAGACCAUUGCUGACUUUGGCCCAACCACUGAAGAACCUCCUGCAGCAGCUCGGUCCACGUCCCGUCGCAUGAGUAUCGCAUCGAGCGUUUCCUCAAUGCGUGAUAGAAGUCUCAGUCGCGCACCAAGCGCGGCUGCGAGCCGGAGAAGCGUGGGACCUGGGCCGACGACUUCUAACGGCGUUGCAGUAAAGAAGAGUAGGGGUGCUGCGACUGCCGGGCCUUCCCGUACAACUGAGCGCCCACCGGUACCACGAAUACCUUCGAAUUUCACAGGCAAAACUACUAUGCCGAAAGAGAAGGAGAAUGAUGACAUGGACGCCCUCACUUCUGGCCUGAAACGCGUCACUUUGAAGAUGCCUUCCAGGGAAGAGUACGAGGCUCGAGAGAAAGAGAAAAUGGAAAAACAACAAGCAUUUGAGGCGUCGAAAAAGUUAUCCACAAAGACUACCGCCCGGAAAACGCCUGCAGCCCGCACCACAGCCCCAAAACCAGCUUCAAAACCCAAUGCAGCAAAGAGGGGACCUGGUCGGCCACCCAAGUCGUCAAGGCCUCCAUCGCCUGUUGAGAUGCACAUCUCGACCCCGGUGCCUGAGUCUCCAAGAUUGCAAAGUGCCGCCACACUGCCGCUUGAACAACCCCAACCCAUGUCACCUUCGCAAACCUCACCGCUUGUCGAGAGGUCGCAAGCUCUCUUUCCCAGCGCCCCAUUUCCAGCGGAUCGUCGCGGGUCUUUGGGAGCGCUCAUCCAACCACCGAGCGAAAUGGGAGAGAUGGUUGCAACAGCUGAACAGCUCCGUGAACGACUGCCCAAGUCGUCGUUUGUAACGGUGACUGAUCUAUUGCCUACGAUUGUGUCGCCUCCGAGAGCUGAUUCGCCUCCUGCGCCUCCGCCGUCGACGAUCCCUCAAUUUGUCCACUACACCAGUCAAACGUUCGGCGCGUCUCCCACAGAGUCGCAGCCGCCGACUUCUUUGCAGUGGCUGCCUCCUAACACAGAAGAGGCUCCUGUCUCAGUGGCGGGACGUCGACCCAUGUCACCUGCCAAGAAGAGGGAGGACUUGCCCGUAUUCAGUGCGAACGGGAUGAUUCCUUUCGCGCCUAAUUUCAGCACAGGGACAACCAACAUGGGCGCGGCGAGUGCAUCUUCAGCAGUGCAUCAAGGUGCACACACAGUUGUCAAGACGGAGGAAGACGAGACCUUGUGGGAGGUGCCUGAGACGCCUCCAUAUUGAGUGUUUCACGCGACGCACUUCAUUGUACCGCCAGAACCGCGUCUGCACGACACGGAUUGUGGCGUUGUUUGGCGGGGCUCGUGUUUGAGGCGUUCGCGGAGAGCGCACCCGAAGCAGCUGUAGGGGCUUGUUGGAGCCUAUUUGUGACUUUCAAUCGACUUACGCUUUCCUUUGUAUUGCGAUUUUGCGUGUUUCAGAAAAUAUGUGCUUUACAGAGAUACCCAGAGACCUGGCUCGCGCGUUUAGAAUGGAUAAUAUCACCUUGGCCCUGCUACUACUCUGCUCCGUGACUCCUGUGGUGUUUCUCGCGAAGUUUCAGAGCUUACUCUACGUCUGCAUGCAGUCCCCGCAUCUGCAUGGCUGCGCGCAGGACAGAGCCAAUAAUUGAUCUGCAGAGCUGUCAUGGGAGCAGGGAGCAGGGCGCCGUGCGGGGUGGAGCUUUGACG